AUAAGAGUUUCCUUACCUACUGAUGUGCGUGCUGUAAACUACUGAAGUUUGAAGAGAAAGCAGUAGUACAAGAUGGCACAAAGGCCUGUUCCUUCUGGAAGUUCUGACGAAAGUGAUCAUUACGAACGUCUUCCCAAUAUUCAAAGAAAAUCACAAAAAUAUUCUGAAGUUGUGGAGGAUAAAAGUUCAAACUGGAUAAUUCGUACUCAAGAACGCUAUCCAAAUAUAGCGCCAACUAUCCAUACAGCAUCAAGUGUUGUUAACUCUGAAACUCUGGAUAGACCGCCCGACGCUCUCUUACGUCGUCGCAGAGAUAUGCUGAUGAAUAAGACAGAUUUAAGUGCUGAUUUUCACACUGACAACGAGGUCUCUCCGUAUGAAGAUUAUGAUGAAGACCCGCUCGUGAAUUUAAGGACAAGGAAAAAUGCAGAGGAACAUGAUGGUUACCUUGUCAGAAAAAGUAUUUUGGAACCAAGAGCGGAGACGGCGGACAUUUCCAAAUUCUUCGAGCUAAUGUUGUACAACAGGGCCAACAUUGAAGAGUACAGCGAUAUCAAACGACAUAUCAAACUCUGCAUCGUUAGCCAGACUUGCUCUGCUUUUGAAGAUCUUCAGAAACUAUUUGAGUUCCUCCGAUUUGAAGCGAUUAGUAUUACCAGUCUGAUUCAUUUCAACCUUCAGUACCUUUUGCUGAAACUGUUCUUCGAAAUAGGAAUAAAGUCACAGACUAGAGAUGGAUGUAGAUUAAUAGAAGUAUCGUAUAAAAACCUGAUAUCCGAAAUUGCCUGUUCUAAAAACAAUGCAAUUCGACUUCCAAUUCUUCUUAACAUCGGGCUACUCUAUGUGUGCAGUUGUGUGACAAAGGUGAAAUCAGAGACAAUGAAGGAGAUUGCUAGAUUAACAUCUUCAUUACCGAAAGGAAACGUUGGAAAACUCUCUUCUAUGAUGGAAUGCUAUGCAAGUUUUGUGCUCGGCUUUGAAAAGGGGAAUGCAUUGCAAACCCUUAGUGUAGAGGACUGGCAAACAUCGUUGACGCAUACAGAACAAAUCAAAGUUCUGCUCGGGUGCUUUGAUUGUCUUUCAUUUCAAGAGAAAGUUAUUCUACCGACGUAUUUAACAGUGCUGGUGUUACAUCAUUAUGACAAAAGGCAUGCUACAGGGAACAUUCUGUCUUACGCCAAAACAGUUGCCAACAGAAGCGACUCAGAUAACAUUCAAGGAAAAGUGUUAAAGUCUUAUCUGAAUAUGCUUUUGGAAACAGUACUUGAAAAAAGAGUGGAAGAAAUUAUUGAGUUAGAUGUUCAUUCGGAAGACAAUCUUUUGACGGUUUUGGACCUAUUCCAGUCCGAGGCACGAAGAAGAUAUGCAUUUUUGGGUUUAGGGAAGGACAUGCGCGAAAGGUGUAUUGAUGUUGCAUCCCUUGAAAAAACAAUUCUAAGAUGCAUUGAAGAAGAUGUAAGAGUUCUCGACAUUGAUUUUCCGAAACAAACAGAAACAUUAGUUUAUGAUAAUCCCAUUUUCACCAAACCAUUUUGGAAGAAAUAUCAGUGCUCCAUCUUGGGAAAAUAUGGAACAUGCACCGUGUUGCUCCCGUCUAUAGACUGUGCGACUGAAGAUCCAUAUGACGAUUACAAAGAAAAUGCAGAUGAGAAAGAAACCAGGGAAACUCUGAAUGAAUUGGACAUACUUCUUAGUAUUCACUACAGAGGAUCUCAUGAAAACAUAAUUCACCUGAUGAUCCAUCAAUUGGUUCCGAGACCAGUUAUGUUUAUAACUGAGGGUAAGGGUGAAAACUUGUUGACAUACCUUCUGAGGCACAAUAAAAGGAGAAAAACAUUAAAAAGUGAAAUUUUACUGAACUUUCUCCUGGAAUGCAUAAAAGCAUUGCAGUUCCUGCACGACAAAGGAGUUGUUCACAGGGAUGUUAUCGCAAAAAGCUUUGAGGUUCACACAACCAGCAACGCAAAGGAUCAAAUAUUGAAAUUGAGCUCAUUUAGAAUUGCCACCUUUCUGUGGGAAGAAGGUGAACAGCCCAAAACAGAUAUAAUAGAUCCGAAUUGUGACCAACUUCCUACACUAAGUUCGGCUCCAGAAAGUCAUCUGGAAGCAAUAUUCCACACCAAGUCAGAUAUUUGGCAAGUAGGGGUGUUUGGUUUUGAAAUUUUUAAUUAUGGAGGAUGGCCAUUUUUAAACGAGAACGACACGUCGUUAGACCACGUCAUGGUUCAAGUAACUAUAAACAAACGGAAACCAACCCAAACAAAACAAAUGCCAGACCAGGUCAACAAAAUUCUUCUAGACGCCUUAGAGAAUGAGCCGAACGACAGACUUGAUCUUAGCAGUAUCGAGGAACGUAUUUGCGACUUUUUGCAGGAAGUUUCUAAACUCAGAUCUCAGCCUUAUAAAAUAUACAAUCAAAUGCAAGACGUAUGGGUGUCAAAGAGUAUACCAGCAAUGAGUAGUCUACAAAGUAAGGAUCCUGAACACAUUGAGAGGGGUACACCCAAAGAACUGAUUGAAUUCAGGAAGGGUAAAGAAGGUCCUUAUACAAUGUAUGACAAUUACCAAGAUAUAUGUAAUCAACAAAACAGCAGAAGAAUAGUUGUUGUUACACCAGACGACAUUGAAAGCGAAUUCAGAGUCGAGAGGGUCCUCAAUGUACAGGUAUUAGUAUAGAUAUAAGAGAUUUUAAUACGUGGUAGUCUUCUAUAUGUCGUUAUGAUACAAAGCUUUUACUUGAAGAUGGGAAGACUCGAGACUUAUCUCUCUUAAAUAAGGAGGCUCUGUGCAUUGCUUCAGACAUAUGGCCUCCUAAGACUGGAUUACCGGAGGGCGUGCCGACAAUGAAUUACCAAUGCUUGCCUGGGGAGUCGUUAUUUGACAUUGCUACUGAUGCACUCUAUGGUGACCACAUAGAGGGUUACAUACCCAUUCUACACCAGUUAGCCUGUUUACUGAAAGCAUUCCAUGAUGCUAAAUGGAUGGUAAACUGCUUGCGUUCCAGAAAUGUUUAUGUCGUAGACGACAAAUUCCUCUCACGUAAAGAGAAUGAGCUAAAGGUAUUCAUUCCAAACAUUGGGAGGUUUGCUAGAAUGCAAAUGCAAAAUAACCGUUUGCUUGAAAGCACCAUUUUGCAAAGGGACCCGGCACUGGAAUAUUGGCAAAGUCCUGAAGUGAUACAUAACAACAUGCACUCUCCAAAAAGUGACGUGUUUUCAUACGCAAGACUGGUUUCGGAAGUCGGCGGAAUCCUUCAUUAUUCAAGAAAGAUAAGGCGACGUACGAACCGAAUCAAGAGGAUUGAACGUUAUUCAGUUCCAUGUGGAAAUAUGAGAAAGAGUGAGAUUCUUCCAUUCAUCUACAGUGACAAAGGGCCUCCAGAAUAUGAUACCAUUACCAAAAGAAUAUACGACGAAGUUAUUGUACGUGGUGUCCAUUCAGAAAAGCAUCACAGACCGUCUAUGGCAGAUUUUGUCGAUACGUGGGAGGACAUUGCCAAAAAUUCAGGAUUAAAGGUGUCGAGACCAAACAUACAACUAGUGAAACAGCAACCUUAUUUGAGGGAAACAUACUCUACACCAAACCUUAGAAACAGCAGUACAGCCGUUCAAACACGUCACAGCUUUGGAAUACAAUCUAGUGUAUCUGACGUAAGCAGCACAAGACGUCAAAUCGAAGGGUCAUCAUAGGUUAUAGUUCAGGAACCAACGGGAAACUGAUUCACAACUAAUAUUUUAAAAUUGAUUACUUGUCUAUCCCUGCAGCUAUUGAUUUGAAAAUGUAUAUAUAUGAAUUCAUUUAUCAAUAGUUUACAGAUCACAAUCUUUUCCUAUUUUUGAAAGAGUUAUGGUUGAACUUUAGAAUUCGGGGAUUUGAAAAUUUUCCGGGCUUUGUAGUUUCUUCCUGCAGCUAUUGAUUUAAAAAUUCAUACAUGAACUUAUAUCCAAUGGGCUACAUCUUAUGUAUAAGUUAGGGAUUUGUUCAUCUUUCUUGAAAGAGUUUAUUAGCAAUUAAUGCCACAAAGCGAGACACUAAUGAAAUGCUUGCCAUCACAAUGAUAUCUAGUUUAAGACUCAAAUCAAAUUCACGUGUUGUCCUAAAUUCUGUAUAAACUAACAUAUUGUAGCUGUCUGUGUUUGAUACUGUUACAUUCUUAAUACCCCCUUACAAACGAAGUAUAGGGAGAUAUACUGAGCUAGAAUAAGCUUGUCCGUCCGUUGACAUACUUUUGUCCAGAGGGUAUCAUUAACACCGAUAAAUAGAUUUUAUUAAAAACUAUAUCUUUUAUGAAAAAUGAAGUUGGGCACCUACUAUUUUGACUGAGAUUUUAAUACAUUCAAGGACGUUAUGGAUAUUUUUUUCCAUUUUGAGGGGGUGUAGUCAUUGUCCAGAGUACAUGUAUAUCUUAAAAUGUUAUUCAAACUUUGUGUAUAUAUUAAGUAUGUAAUGAAGUUGUGCGCCUGGUAUUUUGAUUGGAAUUCUUUAACAUUCAAGAAAGUUAUGAUUAUUUUCAUUUUACAUGUGUUUUUUAACUUAUGAACUUUUCUUUUAGAUUCUUUUUAUCGAUCUGUUCUCUCACAGAGACUACUGUAUUAGUUUAGAAGGUAUAAUGGAGUCAUCAUUCGCUGUCUGUCCAUCUGUUAUUUUUAAAUAAAGGAAAAGACACUG